AUGGCAGAAAAAUCAUCAAAAGAAUCUGUGUCGUUCUCUGUCGAUCCUUUUUCCAACGAAAGAAUAUCAGGUCACAAAUCGGUUGCAACAAAUGAUGCAACUGAUAGCAGGAGUUCCAACACAGGAGCAUUUGGCUUUUUUAAAGGGUCUGCCUUUGCGAAGGCGGUGGCUUCAAACACAGAGCCUCCAAAAAAUUUCAAUGCUAACAGAAGAACCAGUGUUUCUGCCGAAGCAAUGAAUCCAAAUAACUUUAAGGAUGACUGGAAGGCACCUGUUCAUCAUCUUACACAUGAACAAUUGCAACGUUUAAACGAUUCAGUUGUAAAAAACUUUUUGUUCAGUCAGUUGGACCAGGAGUCGCUAAAAACUAUCAUUUUUGCUUUGGAGGAAAAGCGGGUGAAUAAAGGUGACGAGGUUAUCAAACAGGGUGAUCAGGGUGAUUUUUUCUAUGUUGUCGAGAAAGGCAAAGUUAGUUAUUAUGUUGAUGGUAAAAAGGUGAAUGAUUCUUCAAAUGGUUCUUCUUUUGGUGAGCUAGCAUUGAUGUAUAAUUCACCUAGAGCUGCAACUGUUGUUGCCGAAUCAGACUGUAUACUGUGGGCAUUGGAUAGGAUGACUUUUAGGAGGAUCCUUUUGGAAAGAACUUCUAGGAAGAGAAGCAUGUAUGACCGCUUUUUAAAGGAGGUUCCAUUAUUGAAAUCACUUUCAUCAUACGAAAGGUCAAAGUUGGCUGAUGCUUUGAACACAGAAAACUAUGUUGAAGGGAAGAAUAUUGUCACACAGGGAGAGGGUGGUGAGAAUUUCUAUUUUAUCGAAAAUGGUACGGCGGAUGUUAUCAAAGAUGGUAAAGUUGUCCAAAAAUUAAGGAAAGGUGAUUAUUUCGGAGAAUUGGCUUUGCUCUAUGAUUCACCUAGACAGGCAACUGUUAAGGCUACCAGUUCUUUAAAAGUGGUGACAUUAGGAAAAAGUGGUUUCCAGAGAUUGUUGGGUCCUGCCGUCGAAGUUCUUAAACUUCAAGAUCCUACAAAAAAGAUGAAGUCAAAUUGA